CUCCGCCCGCCCGCCCGCCCGCCCGGCCGCCGCGGCGAUGGCCGCGGAGGAGGCGUCGUCCAGUGUGGACCAGUACAAGACGGAGAUCGAGAGGCUGACCAAGGAGCUGACCGAGACCACCCACGAGAAGAUCCAGGCGGCCGAGUACGGGCUGGUGGUGCUGGAGGAGAAGCUGACCCUCAAGCAGCAGUAUGACGAGCUGGAGGCCGAGUACGACAGCCUCAAGCAGGAGCUGGAGCAGCUCAAAGAGGCCUUUGGGCAGUCCUUCUCCAUUCACCGCAAGGUCGCCGAGGAUGGAGAGACGCGGGAGGAGACGCUCCUGCAGGAGUCGGCGUCGAAGGAAGCCUACUACCUAGGCAAGAUCCUGGAGAUGCAGAACGAGCUGAAGCAGAGCCGGGCUGUGGUCACCAACGUGCAGGCAGAGAACGAGCGGCUGGCAGCUGUGGUGCAGGACCUGAAGGAGAACAACGAGAUGGGGGAGCUCCAGAGAAUACGGAUGAAGGAUGAAAUCCGCGAGUACAAGUUCCGAGAGGCCCGGCUGCUGCAGGACUACACGGAACUGGAGGAGGAGAACAUCACGUUGCAGAAGCUGGUGUCCACGUUAAAGCAGAACCAGGUGGAAUACGAAGGCCUGAAGCAUGAGAUCAAGCGCUUUGAGGAGGAGAUGGCGCUGCUCAACAGCCAGCUGGAGGACGCGCUGCGGCUGAAGGAGAUUGCCGAGCACCAGCUGGAGGAAGCCCUGGAGACGCUGAAGAACGAGCGGGAGCAGAAGAACAGCCUGCGCAAGGAGCUCUCGCAGUACAUCACGCUCAGCGACAACCACCUCGGCCUCUCAGUGGAGGGGCUGAAGUUCCCUGAGGACGGCGCGGAACCCAACAACGAUGACAAGAUGAACGGGCACCUGCACGCGCCCCUGGUGAAGCUGGCCGGGGACUUCCGUGCGCCCCCGCUGCGGCGGGGCGAGGCCCUGCACCCCGCCUCGGACCUGUUCAGUGAGCUGAACAUCUCCGAAAUCCAGAAGCUGAAGCAGCAGCUCAUGCAGGUAGAGCGAGAAAAGGCUAUUCUCCUGGCUAACCUCCAGGAGUCGCAGACACAGCUGGAGCACACCAAGGGGGCGCUGACAGAGCAGCAUGAACGGGUGCACCUGCUCACGGAACAUGUCAACGCCAUGAGGAGCCUGCAGAGCAGCAGGGAGCUCAAAGCAGAGCUGGAUGGGGAGAAGGGCCGGGACUCUGGUGAGGAGGCCCACGACUAUGAGGUGGACAUCAAUGGCUUAGAGAUCCUGGAGUGCAAAUACCGGGUGGCAGUGACGGAGGUGAUUGACUUAAAAGCUGAGAUUAAGGCCUUAAAAGAGAAAUACAAUAAGUCAGUAGAAAACUACACAGAAGAGAAGACCAAGUAUGAGAGUAAGAUCCAGAUGUAUGAUGAGCAGGUGACAAGCCUGGAGAAGACCACCAAGGAGAGUGGUGAGAAGAUGGCCCACAUGGAGAAGGAGUUGCAAAAGAUGGCCAACAUCGCCAACGAAAAUCACAAUACACUCAACACCGCCCAGGAUGAGUUGGUUACAUUUAGUGAGGAGCUUGCUCAGCUUUACCACCAUGUAUGUUUGUGUAACAAUGAAACUCCCAACAGGGUCAUGCUGGACUACUACAGGCAGAGCAGAGUCACCCGCAGUGGCAGCCUGAAAGGGCCCGAUGACCCAAGGGGACUGUUGUCUCCCCGGUUAGCUAGACGGGGUGUGUCAUCCCCCGUAGAAACAAGGACCUCAUCUGAACCUGUGUCAAAAGAAAACACAGAGGCCAGCAAAGAGCCAAGUCCAACCAAGACCCCCACCAUUUCUCCUGUUAUUACUGCCCCACCAUCAUCUCCAGUAUUGGACACGAGUGACAUCCGCAAAGAGCCAAUGAAUAUCUACAACCUCAAUGCCAUAAUUCGGGACCAAAUCAAGCAUCUGCAAAAAGCUGUGGACAGAUCCUUACAACUGUCUCGUCAAAGGGCAGCAGCACGGGAACUGGCCCCCAUGAUCGACAAGGACAAGGAAGCCUUAAUGGAGGAGAUCCUCAAGCUCAAGUCCCUGCUGAGCACCAAACGGGAGCAGAUAGCCACGCUGAGGGCGGUGUUGAAAGCCAACAAACAGACGGCAGAGGUAGCACUGGCGAAUCUCAAGAACAAAUAUGAAAAUGAAAAGGCCAUGGUGACAGAAACGAUGACGAAGCUGAGGAACGAACUGAAGGCUUUGAAAGAAGACGCCGCGACCUUCUCGUCCCUGAGAGCCAUGUUUGCAACUAGAUGCGACGAGUAUGUCACACAGCUGGAUGAGAUGCAGAGACAGUUAGCUGCGGCAGAGGAUGAGAAGAAGACUCUAAACUCUUUGUUGCGCAUGGCGAUCCAGCAAAAGCUCGCCCUGACCCAGCGGCUGGAGGACUUAGAGUUUGACCACGAGCAGUCCCGGCGCACCAAAGGCAAACUGGGAAAGAGCAAGAUCGGCAGCCCUAAAGUAAGUGGGGAGGCGUCCAUCACCGUGCCUACCGUAGCCGCGUGCCUCCUGCAUAGCCAGGGCCCACAGACACCCAGCAUGCGGGUCGGCAGUGGCGCUCAGAGGAAAAGACAAUUUUCACCUUCCCUUUGUGAUCAGAGCCGUCCCAGGACGCCAGGGGCUUCCUACCUACAGAAUUUAUUAAGCGUUGCCCCUGGUCCCACCUCCACAGAGUCAUUUCUUCUGAAGGGCCCCCCUUCCAUGAGUGAAUUCAUCCAGGGGCACCGGCUCAGCAAGGAAAAAAGGUUAACCGUGGCUCCACCAGAUUGUCAGCAGCCUGCUGCCUCCGUACCGACACAGUGCUCACAACUAGCGAGGAGGCCAGACAGCCCAACUGGCAGUCCUGACCCAGAGGCCCCGGAGGGGCAGCCGCAGGCCAGCUCCCCGUGCGCCCCGCUCCACUGUGUCUCCAAGCCGCCUCUCCCCUAGUGCCACCUCUCUGGAACCAUGUCGGGUGCGCCCACAAGAUACUGCCCAGGAGCCGCGGUGUCCCUUCUCGGUUCUUUGAUGCAGGGUUGGAUCAAUGUCCAUCGUUUUGGAAGACGGGCCAAAACUGAGAAGAGUGACACCAAGCACAGACUCGGUGUGAUCCAACCCUUGUGGUUUCUCUAAAUCACAGACAGACUUCUGCAAUCAAGUGAGUACCCUCAGCUAAAGAAGAGAGCAGGAAAUGUAUCUCAAAUGGCUGGUGGCCGGGUGGCAUGGGAGAGGCCAAAGACCAUGUAAAAAACAUAUGUCAUGAACUUAUCCCUCUACGUGCUUCCAAUUCGGCUACAGAAGUCGAUUCCAACACUCGGCAUCACAGAUAUUUAUUUUGUACUCUAUUUGCCAUGUGACUCACAUCUGUAACGGUCACCCCCGGAGAGGGGAACUCGAUUCAUUUCUUUUAAAUAAGCAUCAUUUGUUUAGAGGCGUGAAGGUUUUCAUUUGGUGGAAAUCUGGGAUCGGCCAGAUUGUGGCCAUUUUUUCUUGCACAACAUGAUGGGCGAGGUGCUUCAGAAUGUUCCAGUAACUGUGUCUUGCUGAUACUCGGAGAUUGUUCAUGUACUUACUUUCUAAUCAGUGGCGCAUUAACUGCUGGGUUGUUUUUUUCUUAACUAGAAUUCUUCACUGGACAUUAUCAAGUAAAUCUAAGAAAGGACUGUGUGAUGAUUCGUUGACUUAUUCAACUUCUGAUGGCAUCUUUCAUUUUUUUUUUAACUGCAGACAAGCAGACUCACUGGUGCUGUUGUGUGUGUGUGUGUGUGUGUGUGUGUGUGUGGGCGUGAGAGAAGGCUCGGGAAGGGGACAUGCUGUUCGUAUCACCCCCAGGAUUUUAUCACUCCUCCCACCUUCAGCCCUGGGUCCUGCCCUGGGUCUUGCUUGCUGAAAGGUCUCAAGUUCAAAGGGAAGCUAUCUACAUAGAUGUCAGUCAGUCUGGUUAGUUAGUUCACUCAGAAAGCAUUCAAGUGUGAUUAAAAGUAUGUGUUUUGUUGUUGUUAGGUUUUUUUUCAUAAUGAAUCUUCCUUGCCAAAAAACAAAAACAAAACAAAACCAAGAGAUAAUAAACCUUAGCUCAUUGUCUACUUUUAACAAACACUCAGGUGCCUACAAUCGUUCUAUUCUAUUGAGAUGCUCCAUGUUCCUCCUUCAUUUACAGACCCUGCUGGGUAACUUUUAUGACUUCAUUUAAGCAGUGGAUUUUCAUAGUAACGUUUCUUUUGCACAUCAUCUGACAAACAAGGAAAACAGUGAAUCGAGCCAAAAGGUCUGGCCCUCCUGGACUCCCCACCAACCCGAGGGUGCCCACAUUGCUCCUCCAUCCUGCUUCCUUGUUUGGUCAGGUGGCCUUAACUGAUUUAAAAUCACGACGCUCUGGCCUUUCCAUGUACCUUCUCUUCCAAACAGGAACAGUCCUCACCAUUCACACAAAAGGUGGUUAAUAAUCAGGGACUCAACCCGAGGCGCAGUGGGAGCCCCUAGCUCACUGCAUGAUGUGGUGGCGGGCACCUCGGUGGGCAGUUCACAGAGCACAGGGCCGGGGCUUUCUGCCACCGCACACGGGUGGGCAGCAGGUGCCAUGACCAAAGCAGCCAAGCGGCUUCGAGUCUCUUAGGCAAGUGCUCUUUACAGCCAUGUCGUUCAUUGUGUGAGCUGGCGUAGCUGGCAUACCCCAACCAAGUGGGGUUCGGGCGCAAGCUCAGAAAGGACAGCAGCAAACUUCACUCAUAAGGCUGCUCCUUCCUGCCCUGGCACCAGGUUGCAGACACCCCCGCAGCAGUGGGCUGGGUCUAUGGGCAGUGGGCUUGGGUUGGGUGCAGCGGGAGAAGCACCCCUGCCCACCUGCCUGCUCCUCCUGUAUUUCUGUUUCAAGCUCAGGCACUUGGGAGCGGUAGAUGCUCAGCUGACCUGUUGUGAAACUGUUUGUACCUGAGGGAUGUUGAUGCCUUUCUAAAAAGUACCUCGGACACCACCUUAGGGUGCCUCGCCUGUGGGGGCAGUGUGGGGUCAGCUGGGCAAAGGGCACUCAAACCCUCCUGCGAGUCCAUCGCCCGCAGACAAGACCCUUGCCUCCACAGUGCAAAGUCAAUCUUUGUCUAUUAUAAAUGGGUUUUGUUUUAGCUCUUUCUGUUAAUAAGGCAGGGGAAAGACUGUUUUUGAAAUGUUUAUUCUACAAAAGGUCCAUUUGAGCAAAACUUGGCCAAGAAAGUGUAGAAAUUGGACACAAAAUCCUCAUUAGCAGCGCAGAGUUGGGCAGCCGCCCCUGAGCAGUGACAGCUGGUGAGUCCACACUGGUGGUGUGCGCGGGGUGGAGCGGAGCCACAACUCUAGUUACUUCAAAUGAGCAAGUGUGUGCAGCACCAGUGUCUUCAGUCCCUGUAAGCAGCAAUGUCCAAUGAUGGACAUUCAAAAGGAUACGGGAAAUGUAAAGAAUGAGCAAAGAUCAAAAAGAAUGAGCCUCAGUAAGACCAAUCGAAGACAGACCUGGAAAGUAAAACAAGCUUCAGGAACACGAAGAUGUAGCUGAUUAUCACAAAGACCGCAGACAAAGACAAAAAGUAACUAGUACGAGCGAGCACUUCACAAAGGAACCAGGUCACUUUUUUAAAAGUAAGCACAAUUGCUGUACUGAUAAGAAUCGUCCACAUAUGAAAUGCCUUCCUGUUCUUAUUGAAAAACAAAACCAAGAGAAGCAAUUUGGCCUCUGGCCCAGGGCGUGGGGGCACGGCACCUGCGGCCCACAAGCUUGGAACUUGUCAGCCCCCAUCCAUUUCUAUUCAAGAAUCAGAAUUUGGAGAACUUUGAGAAAAGCGAAAGUUAUUAAAUAAUUGAGACUCCAUUUCAAAAAGAUUAUAAAUUAGCCUCAGGAAGAGGAGGUAUGUGAGUGAUCUUCAAGAAAAGAAAAUAACCAUCUAUAGUAGCUGAUACAGAUGUUAUUGCUAAGACUAGAAUAAGGAAAAAAACUAGCUUCAGCAUGAAGGAUUUAUAUUAACUCUAGAAAAGAGAUUACAGCUCAGAAUUGAUAACCAAAAGGAAGAUUUUUAAUCAAGUGUUGGUUUGUCUAAUAAAUUAAGUGGCAGGAUAUGUUGUGAUAAUGUGUUCUAAUUCUGGGAUUCAGAAAUCCUAUAUGAUUCUCUUACAUUUCAAGUUACUUAGACUGGCUAGUCAGAAAAUAUUUUCUCCCUUGAAAAUAGGGUCGCAACCUUCGUUUUUCCAUAGUAUUUCAUAAGAGCAAAAUAAAACAAGAUGGUUGGUAUUAGCUCCUUCUCAACUCUGUUCCACGGUAUCUUUAAAGUUCUCCAAAAUGCAGAAAUUUAACAACUGUCAGAUUCUAAAAAGCCAGUGUCCUCAGGAAUACUCCAGAAAUAGAAGGCAUGCAAUAAUCCCUUCUCUGGGAGGAAUAAAUGCCUCUCAAGUUUUAUCUUUUCUUAAAAAGAUCUUCCAUAUCCAAUAUUUGCUUUUCUAUGCUUUGGAGAUUGUUCCUUUACUAGAUGGUCCUUCUGCUUCAAACAAGCGUGGAGUGUUGGGCAGGUGACAAUGAUGAGUGUGGCUAUUUUUUGAGCUACUGUGUUAAAUACGAUCCUCGACAGAUUUCAAGUGGAAAUGACAGAAUGUGUAGAAGGAAGAAAUGGAAGCUGUUUUCAGCCGGGGAAACAACAGCACAUCUAACAUACGAUAGUUACAAUCCUUCAGCCAAAAGAGGUAACUGACUCUUGGGACAUGUGGGGCUGUCUUAUAGACAGCUCAGGGGCUUCAGCCUAGGGUGCUACAGCUGAGGGGUGUGGCGGUGGGGAGAUGGGCUGGACGAGAGAGGCCCUCUGAGCACACAGAUCAUAGAUUUUAAAAGGUGUCCUCACAGUUUGUGUGUGUUUGCUCCACCGGAAUGAAUUAAAAUGAUCCUUAUACAGCAGAUUGCAGAAAAAAACUUUCCAAGAAUAUGUUUUCAAACAGAGGAAACAGUUCAUCCCAAAGCUGUUGGCCUGGAGCAUGACAAUCUGGCCAGUGGGAUAGAGACUGACUUUUACCUUAUCAACGAUUCAGUGGACUCCUGGGACCAUGUGAGUCCCGAGCGGCUCUUUCUAUAACUCCCAGGUGAGCUGUGACCAUGGCAGCGCCGAUGAAUGCUGGCUGAGAACAUGUUUUUAUCUUAACACCGUUUUCAUUCACAAUCUGCUCCUUACCGUUCUCCAAUGAAAACACUGCGAAAGGAAGCGGGAGCUUUCCAGGUUUUCCUCUUUCAGCAGUCGUUUUGAAGCAGAGAUCAGAGAACUCUAAAAAGAGACAUGUCUUCGUGUUGUUGACAUGUUCAAUGAUGACGGAGAUACAAAAUGAAUCAUUUUGUUGUUUGGAUUUAUAAAUAGGAUUGCACACCAAAUCUUAGAGGAAAUAAAUUAUUUUAACUUGAUUGUCACUGAAUUUUUAACGCAAUGGUUUGACUGUUAGAGUCCAUUCAACAAUUCUUUGAAAAUCUCUGAUGACUUUUUUUAAUAAUCUCCAUGUUUUCAUUUGCAUGAUUCUGCAUCCACAGUGAACCACACAAGAUUGGGAUACUGUGUUUCUCUGCAUAUCAACAUGUGUCAUGUGCUAGCUGUGUUGAUUAUUGUUGCAAUGACCUUGCUCUUCCCACCUGGAAUCGUCAUCUUGUUAUUAUGCCUUUUGGGGUUCAAUGAUGUAAACUGUUUCCACCUGAUCAUAAUACCCUAUAACAUCAUGACCCAAAAAACUGACCUAAGGAAUCUUUGUUGCUAUCUUUCAAAAUCUAAAUUUCAAAGGACACUGGUUUUCAAAGACAUAUGCAUUUAUUUUACCUUCCAAAAAUUCCUGAAUGUAUUAUUGCUUGUCCUUUUACAUUUUCUUAUUGUAGACAAUCUAAGGGACCGGCUCCCGGGAGAGUCCCUAUCGUAUGUGCUUGUAUUUGUGUGAGCUGGUCCUGUAUUCCUCCAUGUUUGCAAAAAUCACUCCAGUGCUAAGAAAAUAACUGGAAGCCACCACAUCCACCCCUGUACCUUGGUUUAUGUUACAGCUGAAUCUGGUGUCAUGCAUAACUCUUUCCAGAAAAUAAACGGGUUAUUUUUUGUUUAUUUCAU